CUGAGUAGGAUUGACCAUCUGUGGAUUAACAGUUUGGAUUGACAUCAUGUUUAUUCAUUGAAAGAGCAUUUUGCAUGUUACAUUUUUUUCCCUUUCCCUCCCUCCCUCUCUCCUUCUACAGGUCAGUGAAGGUUAUUCUUCAUUCUAUUGAGAAGGUUGAUGUUACACUGGUUGUCUCUUACGUUGUGAAGAAUGCUUCAUGGUCACCAAUUUAUGAUAUCAGAGUGUUCACUAAAGAUAAGACUCUUAAGACUCAUUACUAUGGUUUAAUAAAGCAGUCCACAGGAGAGGACUGGGAUAAUGCCAGUAUAUCCCUCUCAACUGCCCAGCCUGAUGUUGGAGGAUCACCUCCUUCACUGGGAGUCCAUCACAUUGGAUUUGAGAGAGCACGUUAUGUCACAAGGAGCUAUAAAAAGAAAGCAGGUUUCAACUUCAUUAGCAGUUAUGGAGGAGACUCAGCGUCUGAUGAUGAUGAAUGGUUUGAGGAUGAUAGUGACAAAAUGAUGAAUGCUGGGUUUACUGGACUGGAACUUUGUGCUGUGCCUGAUAUACCUCUUGAUGGAGGCUCACCAGUAGCAAAGAGAAAAGCAGCUAAAGCACCUUCUCUUGAGGUUGAUGUCUCUAAAGUUGAAACAGGUCAGUUGUACAAUGCUUUGUUUUCAAUUCCACGUACAUCAACCAUACCUUCUGAUAAUACUGAACACAAGGUUACUGUUGGUAUUCUUGAUAUGGCUCCUGAUUUCAGUUAUGUUGCUGUCCCAAGGCUCUCUCCUUCUUCAUUCCUUCAAGCAGCAGUGAAGAACACUUCACCCUAUGCUAUACUGGCAGGACCGGCCAAUGUAUUCCUGGAUAACAACUUCCUUACUAAAUCAAACUUGCCAAGCACUUCACCAAAUGAAGAGUUCACUAUUAGUCUUGGGGUUGACGAAAGCGUUCGAAUAACAUGUCAACCAAUGAACAUUGUCCGAGGAACAACAGGUCGUAUAACAAAGAAUAAUCAUUUGUCAUACACGUUUGUGUAUACCGUGAAGAACACUCAAGCUAACGUUGUCAAAGUGAAGGUCAUGGAGCAAGUGCCUUUGAGCUCUGAUGAAAAAUUAAAAGUAUUGGUUCAGCAACCUGAUUUAAAGAAGCAGAAAGUUAAAGUCCCAUUCUCUCAUGGCUACUCUCUCUUGAAUGAAGACAACAACAUAGAGUGGCACUGUACACUGCCUCCUGACACAUCUACUGACCUUCAGUUAGUGUACACUUUAGAUUUCCCUCCUAAUGAUUUAGUUACCGGAUUACCAAACUCCUAAAUUAAUAUAAUAUGGAAAGUAACACAAUUAGUUCAGUACGUGUAUGCUGUAGAAUUGAUUUUAUUUUUAGUUGAAAUGUGGUUUUAAAAUUUU